AUGACAGUCAGAAAGCCCGCCGACGAGUUUGUGGAAUGGUUGAACAAGCAUAAUGGCAGCCCAUACUCUGCAGUGGCUGGAACAACUGAGAUGCUGGAAGCACACGGUAUCCAUGAAGAAGACGCGACGGAAACCUCCAUGAAGGGUUACAUGAUCCGUGAGAAAUCCGCUAUACUGGCAUGGAAGAGAAGUCCGGAUUUUGACAUGGCGACGGGGAACGUUAUUGUUUUUGCAUCACACACCGACUCCCCUUGUCUAAGGUCAAGACCGCACGGCGAUGUUAUCAAGGAGGAGGUGGCGCAAUUGGGGGUAACUACCUACGGUGGGGGGCUUUGGCACACCUGGUAUGACCGCCCUCUGGGCAUUUGUGGUCUGGUAUGUUACAGUGUGCCUCAGACGCUUGAAAAAUGUCGCGAAGAAGGGUCACUGAUAAAGCCCGAGAUGGCUGUGAUCCGGAGUCCGGACCCCAUCGGAAUCGUGCCUAAUCUUUGCAUUCAUCUGCAAAAUCGAGACGAGGCACAGUCGUUCAAACCUCAGACGGAAGAUACGCUUGUACCUAUAAUUUCCACUGGGCCUCUUGAAAACGGCCUGAAAGACUACAUUGCACAACAGGUUUGUGAACAACAGGUUUCUGCACAACAGGUUUGUGCCCAACAGGUUUCUGCCACAGUAUGCGGGUCGGAUAUACUGAGCUACGACCUCUGCUUGUACGAUACAGAACCCGCGCAGGUAUUCGGAGUCAGGAAGGACUUGAUUAGCGCGCAGGGAUUGGAUAAUAAGUCGUCGCUGUGGAGUACCUUUAACGCGUUCACGCGGAUCGAUAUAAGCAAAGCGAAAAAUCGCCUGGUUAUUUGCGUUGGUUUUGAUAAUGAAGAGGUUGGAAGCAACUCUAUCGUUGGCGCAGCUAGCAAUUUGCUGCCAAAAGCGUUGGGUCGUCUGUGUCCCACGACGCCCAUCGAUAGUAACUGCGUUAUUUUCAGCUGUGAUGCCGCUCACGCCGUCCACCCGAAUUAUCCUGGGAAGCACCAAGCUCUGCACAAACCCAAAAUGAACGCUGGAGUAGUAGCGAAAAUUAAUGUGAAUGAACGAUAUGCUACAACACCGAAAGCGAUCGCCAAUCUUCGGUCGUUGAGGCUUGUGGGCGAUGACGAGCUGCAAGAGUUUAUUGUGCGGAACGACACUCCAUGCGGUUCCACUAUCGGCCCCAUCUUGGCUACUGCAUUGGGAUGUCAAACUAUUGAUAUUGGUAUCCCUAUUUUGGCGAUGCACUCUGUCCGAGAAGUGUGCGGAGUCCAAGACAUUGAAAGCAUGCUCCAGUUCUGUGAAAAAGCUGCUUACAAGUACCAUCCUGAGGGAUGGCUGCUUUGA